CCCGUCUACGGGGCGUGUCCAGGGUCAGCCGCCCAGAGGCGGAAAGGCGCAGCUCCCGGCUAGGCUGAGCCCCUCGCGAAGUGGCGGCGGGGGUCGCGGGGCAGCCCUGCCAGGGACGCGUGUGCGGCUGGGGGACACAGGGAGACGCAGGGCCCGGCGCCGGACGUUGUGUGCGCCCCCCGGAUUCGGGCAGGAUGAAGCCUGCAGCCCCUCGCAGCCUGCUCCUGUGCGCCUUGUGCCUGGCGCUGUGCUGCGUGGGCGGCGCGCGCAGGCCCAGGAGGAGGGGCAACCACGAGUGGAAAAAGCUCAUCAUGGUUCACCACUGGCCUGUGACGGUGUGCAAGGAAGUUGGAAAGGACUGCCCAGACCCUCCGGACUACUGGACCAUACACGGACUAUGGCCUGACAAAGCAGCAGAGUGUAACGGAUCCUGGCACUUCAGCUUCCAAGAGAUUAAGGACCUUAUGCCAGAAAUGAAGAUGUACUGGCCUGAUGUGCUCCAUCCGCUAAAUCGCAGCCAUUUCUGGGAGCACGAGUGGGAGAAGCACGGCACGUGCGCGGCGCAGGUGGACGCCCUCAGCUCCCAGAAGAAAUACUUCGGGGGAGGCCUGGACCUGUACCAGCAGCUGGGGCUGAACAGCAUGCUCCAAAAAUUGGGAAUAAAGCCAUCUAUCAAUUACUACCAGAUUUCAGACAUUAAAGAUGCCCUUGCCAGCGUAUAUGGUGUCAUCCCUAAAGUCCAGUGUCUUCCGCCAAAACCGGGGGAGGAGGUGCAGACCAUCGGCCAGAUAGAACUGUGUUUCACCAAGGGGCUGCAGCUGCGGAACUGCACCGAGCCCGGGGAGCCCGCCGAGCCCCCGUCCCGACGGCCCAGAGCAGGGGCGGGCCCGGGGCUGGAGGUCUGUGAGGACGGCCCUGCCUUCUAUCCCCCACCCGACAGGGCAGCUCGCUGACACGCUGACACCCCGACUCCGGGAGCGCUGUCUGCAAAGCAGGAGGGAUUCACAAACCUCCGCUUGCCAAUGAGCAGCCCCCACGUGAAACUGUCUGCUCACAGCUGUCUCUACCAGGAGCCGCGUCUGUCUGUCUGACUGUCUUCCCGUCCGGGAGCCGAUCCCACAGCCCCGUCAGGCUGGGUGCGGCCUGGGGACGCGGAAGGGAAGGAAAUGUCUCAGGCUUUCGCUGCUGCUUGGCAGCUGGAAUAAAGAACAAGAUUUUCCUUG